UUAAGUCCCAGUGGACGGAGUUCAAUCUGACAAACACCAACCGAAAACCGGAGAGGACCUGCAGCACCAAAAACGGACUGGGAGUAAUUUUCCAAAGAGGCGUGAGCUAACCGGACACUGUGGAUAAAAUAACACGGACAAAGGUUUCCAGUGUCAACCUCGACUCGAUGUCAAGGAGAAGAGAGGAAUUAAAGUUAGAGGAUAAAAACAAAGCUUUAGUUCUCUGCUUUGAAUGGACACUUAAAAAAGUCUAAUAAAGGACAAAGGUAUUGAAUUUAAUUUCCAGACGCAUCUCCUUGGAUAUUCAGUGACUUUAUUAAACCCAGAGAUGGAUGUGGCGGCUGAUCAGCCCCGGUGGAUGCAUCACCACGCCGUGUUGAACGGACAACACCCGGACUCGCAUCACCCAGGCCUGGGACACAACUACAUGGAGCCCACGACCCAGCUCCUGCCUCCGGAUGAGGUGGAUGUUUUCUUUAAUCAUCUGGACUCACAAGGAAACCCGUACUACCACAACCCAGCCAGGGCCAGAGUGUCCUACAGCCAAGCCCACGCUCGUCUGACGGGGACCCAGGUGUGCCGGCCUCACCUCAUCCACAGCCCGGGGAUCUCCUGGUUGGACGGUGGGAAGGCAGCUCUGUCCCACCACCAUAACGCGUGGGCCGUCAGUCCCUUCAGUAAACCCAGCCUGCACCACCCCGGCUCCGCGUCCCCGGGAGGCCUGUCCGCAGUCUACCCGUGCAGCAGCAACUCCAACACGGUCUCCGCGUCCUCCCUGACGCCGCCGUCCCACACCAGUCCCCAUCUGUACACUUUCCCCCCCACGCCACCCAAGGACGUUUCACCGGACCCGGGGGCCGCGUCUCCCUCGUCCUCCGCCACCAGAAUGGACGAGAAGGAAUCUAUCAAAUACCAGGUGUCGUUACCGGAGGGGAUGAAGAUGGAGGGCUCCAGCUCACUGAGGAGCAGCCUGGCCUCCAUGAGCGCACAGACCCCCUCCACCCACCAUCCUAUACCCACCUAUCCCCCCUACUCCCUCCCUGGAGCCCACGAGUACGGCAGCCUGUUCAACGCGGGGAACCUGCUGGGAGCAUCCUUCACCCCAAAGAACAAAGGCAAGACACGGUCCUGCACCGGUGAUGCUAAUGUUUGGCUUCAUGGAUGUGACUGUGGUUGUUCUUCAGAGGGCCGCGAGUGUGUGAACUGUGGAGCCACCUCGACACCUCUGUGGAGACGUGACAGCACUGGACAUUACCUGUGUAACGCCUGUGGGCUGUACCACAAGAUGAACGGCCAGAAUAGACCCCUCAUCAAACCCAAACGCAGACUGUCUGCUGCCAGAAGAGCAGGCACAUGUUGUGCUAACUGUCAGACGACCACCACCACGCUCUGGAGGCGCAACGCCAAUGGAGACCCAGUGUGCAACGCCUGUGGCCUCUACUAUAAGCUGCACAACGUGAACAGGCCUCUGACCAUGAAAAAGGAGGGAAUACAGACACGUAACCGAAAAAUGUCCAACAAAUCCAAAAAGAACAAGCGUGGCUGUGACAGCUAUGAGGAUUUUUCCAAAAGCAUGCACGACAAGAGCUCUCCAUUCAGCGCUGCCUCUUUGGCCGGACACAUGUCGAUGGGUCACCUGCCGCCAUUCAGCCACGCCGGACACAUGCUCCCCACACCCACCCCGAUUCACCCGUCCUUCGGACACCCACAUCACUCCAACAUGGUGACAGCGAUGGGCUGAGAGGGCGAGGACUGUCUGAAAAACACUGAGGAACCAGAGGACAGUGUAUACAAUAUUACAGACAUACACUUUGCGUGUCUUUGUCAUGAUUGUCUGUUGAUUGAUUAUGCCAAUGAUAUGAUGGAAAACAGAUGUAUCUUGGGAGGAAAGGACUUUUUUGUACUCCUAAUCUAUAGGUACUUUUAUUGGGGGAGGAAGACAGAGAAGGAGAAGCUACUUCCUGUCGGUCAGGCACACACUUGUAAAAAUGAAAAAUGUCAUUGCACCUCAUAAUUAUGCUCCUGACUGCCCCAUGUGGCUGCAGCGUGGUUCAACAUGUGCCGAACAAGCUUACAGCAACUGUGAAUAUUGUAAAUAUGUGAGACUAAAGGGGACGUCCCAGACAGAGCAAUGCCCUUCACAUUAAGUGAAAAUAUGCUGGAUUUUUUUGCUCAUGGACACUUUUAAAGGAAUUUUCACAAAAGAAACAAGCAAAAGAAAAAGUUUAUGAGUCUUAAUUUGACACUGUUUAUUAUAAGUAUAAUUAUUGUUAUUAUUGUUAUUCAGAUAAUUUAUUUUCACUGCCUUUUUUCUUUACUUUAUCACCUGAAUCACCUGAAUAUGGAUACUGUUAUCCUAGUUAUGAGUAUAUUUUUAGCUGAAGUGCUUUCUCUGAGCUGGUCAACAUUUAUACUUGUCAGAAAUAAAUAAAAGGCAAUUAAGUUCAA